AAAAAAAAAAAACAACAACAACAAAAAAAACACAUUGGCACGCGCAACAUGAACAUUUCAGUGCAAUCGGAGUCGCGCGCUCUGGGUGAAGUUUAAAAGGAUUUCGCAGCUGGUUAACGGUGAUGGAGUGAAUGCGGCAAUCUAUUGGCUGUGGGCUUUGUAAAUUUCACUCGGCGCAGUCCAAUGGCAACUGAGAGAGCGAGAGAGUGAGAGAGAGAGUGUGAGAGAGAGUGUGAGAGAGAGAGAGUGAGAGAGAGAGAGAGGUCCAGCUUUGGUGUCUCUCCCUUUAAUCUCUCCGUCUUUCUCUGUAGAGGCAACCUGAAUCUCUGCAUUUUAACGCUCGAGCGCAUUGCAUUAAUCCAUCUGGAUCAACCACAGUGUCGCUUAUUUUCUUCUUUUCAUCGCACUGUUUGGAUUGGAUGAUUUUUCUUUUUUUUUUUUUGUAACCAGGGACCGAAGGAUUUUUUUGGGGGGGACUUUGCUUUCUGUUCUCGCGCUCUCGUUUGUUGCAUGUUCAUGUUUGGUCAUAUCCCAUGAAGUCAGUGCGCAGCUUGGGGAGAGUCCUAUGAUGCAGAUAUUGCACAGGCAAACCACGGAUGGAGUGAAGAUGGAGUGAAGAGUGGAAAGUAGUUGCACUGGAAGACUGGAAGCCAAGAAGACAGAGCUACAUUUUUUUGUUUCUAUCAAGGGGUAGCUGUUUGACAGAAUUAAAGCUACCACACCAAACAAGACCCGUUUCCUUGGGAUGGGGGGUUCUAGUGUUGGUGAUGUGAUUGGAGGGUGUCUUGCCUAUAAGUUGCCCAUCAUAGCCUGAGACAGGGGUUUCACCUCAUCUGUUCAGGUGGGAUUAUAGGACCGUAGAUAUCUUCGUCUCCCCAACCUCAGCUGGACCAUGUCACGGCAAGGAGGAACCACAUGGAUACCUACAACCAUGGUCCCGCCAUUUACCAAUCUACACCGAAUCUGUUGGAUUGUAGUAGUGGUAGCUUCUUGCUUAGCAGUGGCCCAGGGACAACAGUAUCCAGUUGUCACUACAAACUACGGCAAGUUGAGAGGCUUAAAAACAUCACUGCCCAAUGAGAUUUUGGGACCUGUGGAACAGUACUUGGGGAUUCCCUACGCUCUGCCGCCCAUAGGCGAGAGGAGGUUUCAGCCUCCAGAGCCGCCAAUGUCUUGGCCGGGGAUCCGAAAUGCCACUCAGUUCGCCCCAGUGUGUCCCCAGUUUCUGGAAGAUCGCUUUUUACUCAAUGAUAUGUUACCUGUAUGGUUCACUGCCAACUUGGAUACAGUGGUAACCUACGUGCAGGACCAAAGUGAAGACUGUCUAUACCUGAACAUCUAUGUGCCCACUGAGGAUGUAGGAGCCAACACUUACAAUCAACGUGCCGAUUUCACCAAUAAUGAGGGUGGCGAAGACAAAGACAUCCACGAUGAGAACGGUCUUAGGCCCGUCAUGGUAUACAUUCAUGGCGGAUCUUACAUGGAAGGCACAGGGAACAUGAUCGAUGGCAGCAUCCUGGCCAGCUAUGGAAACGUCAUCGUGGUUACGCUUAACUACAGACUGGGAGUGUUGGGAUUUCUAAGCACAGGGGAUCAGGCUGCCAAAGGGAAUUACGGCCUGUUGGACCAGAUUCAAGCGUUGCGGUGGAUCAAAGACAACAUCCAGGCCUUCAAAGGAGAUCCAAAAAGGGUGACUAUAUUUGGAUCAGGAGCUGGAGCGUCAUGUGUUAGCUUGCUGACCCUGUCCCAUUAUUCGGAGGAUCUGUUUCAGAAAGCCAUCAUCCAAAGUGGCACGGCUCUAUCCAGCUGGGCCGUCAAUUACCAGCCGGCCAAGUACACGCGCAUGCUUGCCGAAAAAGUAGGCUGCAACAUGCUGGAUACCAUUGAACUGGUGGAAUGUUUGCAGAAUAAGAACUACAAGGAGUUGAUCGAGCAAUAUAUCACCCAGGCCAAGUACCACAUUGCAUUUGGGCCUGUUAUAGACGGUGACGUCAUCCCAGAUGACCCUCAGAUCCUCAUGGAGCAGGGUGAGUUCCUGAACUAUGACAUCAUGUUGGGCGUCAACCAGGGCGAAGGUUUCAAGUUUGUGGAUGGGAUCGUAGAUAGUGAGGAUGGCGUGUCGGCCAAUGACUUUGACUUUGCAGUGUCGGAUUUUGUGGACCACCUGUACGGAUAUCCGGAGGGGAAGGAUACGCUCCGAGAGACUAUCAAGUUCAUGUACACCGAUUGGGCUGAUAAGGAGAAUCCAGAGAACAGGCGCAAGACUUUGGUCGCAUUGUUUACAGAUCACCAGUGGGUGGCGCCUGCUGUAGCUACGGCCGAUCUUCAUGCGCAGUACGGAUCGCCGACGUACUUCUACGCUUUCUAUCACCAUUGCCAGAGCGAGAUGAAGCCAAGCUGGGCAGACUCGGCGCAUGGAGACGAGGUGCCUUACGUGUUUGGUAUCCCUAUGAUCGGCCCGACCGAUCUGUUCAAUUGCAACUUCUCCAAGAACGACGUCAUGCUCAGCGCAGUGGUGAUGACGUACUGGACGAAUUUUGCUAAGACGGGAGAUCCAAAUCAACCAGUACCACAGGACACCAAGUUCAUACACACAAAACCCAAUCGUUUUGAAGAAGUGGCCUGGUCCAAGUACAACCCCAAAGAUCAGCUGUACCUUCACAUCGGCCUGAAGCCGAGAGUUCGAGACCACUACCGUGCCACCAAGGUGGCCUUCUGGCUUGAACUUGUGCCUCACCUUCACAACAUCAACGAACUGUUUCAGUACGUCUCGACCACCACUAAGAUCCCGCCGCAGGACACGACACCCUUCCCUUAUACCAAACGACUAGGUAAAACCUGGCCGUCCACAACACGCCAUCCUGGAAUACCUCCUUCAAAUACCAAGCAAACCACAGACCAGCGCAAAGGCAAUGAUCUUGUUGAGGACUCUGCUGUGAUGAUCGAGACCAAGCGUGACUACUCGACAGAACUAAGUGUGACCAUUGCAGUGGGCGCGUCACUGCUCUUCCUGAACAUCCUGGCCUUCGCCGCACUCUACUACAAGAAAGACAAGCGACGUCACGAGUCUGGUCGUCGUGGUACCAGCCCGCAACGCAAUGCCAACUCCAACGCUAACGAUGUCUCACGGAUGCAGAGUGACGAACUCGCGUCAUUGCAGAUGAAGCAGCAGCAACAACAACUGGAGCAACAGCUUGAAAAUGAGCACCGGCAUGAAUGUGAGGCGCUGAGGCUUGCAUGCCCACCUGAUUACGCACUUACGCUCCGCCGAUCUCCUGACGAUGUUCCGCUCAUGACACCCAGCACCAUCACCAUGAUUCCCAGCUCGCUCGGUGCCAUGCAGCCCUUGCACAAUUUCAACGCCUUUGUUGGGACUCAGAACAGCACCAACCUCCCCCACGCUCACUCCACCACCAGGGUAUAGCUGCACGCUUUUGGAAUACCUUCAGACUACCACCUCCUCUCUGUACUAUUCUUAGGAAGUCAGGGUUGGUUUACUCCUGGCAUUGAGCUUAAGA